AUGGCGGACACGACAGAACCAGCAAACCCGACGAGCGAGCCGCCCAAUCCGGUUGGCGAGUCGAACGAUGCGCCUGUUGAGGACACCAGUCAUGUCGACCUGGAAGCGACUUUCCAGAGUCUGGACACCUCUCUCCCCCCGAUAGAUAAGUCCCUGCCGGCAAUGGACACCGCUCUCCCAAGUAUAGACUCGUCGUUACCACCGAUGGAUCCGACGAUACCGUCGCUGCCGCCGAUUGACACGUCUUUGCCUCCUUUGGACACCACCUUACCGGCUACGGAUUCGAAUCUGAGUGACCUGCACGGGGACCCGAAUUUUUCGUUCGAUACGAAAGACACCGACCUACCCGGAACUGAGGGAACUGAGGCCCAUGCGGUUUCCAGUCUCGCUGCCGACUCGGGGGAUUUUACUGCCACCGACACUUCCUACCAGGCUCACUCAAAUGGCACGUAUCUACAACAGCACCCGGAGCAGCAGCCAUCUCAUCACCAAACACCGCAGCCCCAGCCGCAGUAUCAGCAGCAUGCGCCGUCGCAACAAUAUUCCUCGCCCACGCCACAGCCACACGGACAGCACCAGGGACAACCACACCAAUAUCAGCAGAACCCCGACAUGUACCAGAACAGUCCCUCUGCGUCUACGCCUAUGAGUACGCCCUCGAUGCAGACCAUGGAGCAAUCCGUCCAGGGCCAGACGUCGCACAUUCCACAGGCACCCAUCGGAUCCCCGAUGCCACCGAUGGCGUCGGUGGGACAGUACAUGACAGGAUACCCGACGCAAAUGGGAAUGAACCAGAGCGCCCAGAUGCGGUAUCAGCUGCCAGGAGACCCGAACAAGAUGCUGUCGGGGGGGCGAAACAAGAAGGAAGUGAAGCGCAGGACGAAAACCGGGUGUCUGACAUGUCGGAAACGACGAAUUAAGUGCGACGAGGGCCAUCCCGUUUGCCGAAACUGCGUGAAGAGUAAACGCGAAUGUUUGGGCUACGAUCCGGUCUUUAAGCCUCAACCCACUCCCUCUGCGAUCCAGCCAGCUCCCAACCCUCAUCCCUCGUUGGUCGUCAAUCCUCAGGACCCUUCUACCUCAUCCUCGCCGUCCUACCCAGCUGCGCCUCCGGGAUACGUUCCUGCCGUUUCUCAACCCUUCGCUCCGUCGGAGUCGCCUAGCACGUCGACUGAACGAUACGACUACGGCGCGGCCAUCGAUCCGUCGUUGGAUAGGAAUAACAACGGCAGCACCCAUACUACCACCAACCCCACCAACAACGACUCGUCCGCUAUGGCCAGUCUACACAAUGCGACCGAUGGAGGCUUGCAGCCGACAGUAAAUCCGGCAACGACGACCACGGCUUCAAUGUGCUCACGUUCGCGCCUCGCAGUGAAACAAGUCCAGGUCAGCGAUCUUCUCGCGUUGCGGGGGAUUCCUCCGCCGCCGCCCCAUCCGAUCACGUCUCUCCCACCGAACCGUCUCGAGGAAAUCCAAGCGGUGUUCCUGGCUACGUAUGCUCCCGCCAUCGACAAGUUCUUCGAGACCCGGUGGUUCCAGGAGAAGGCAUUGACUCACCUCUUGGCCAAUGCGCAACUGAUGGCCGAGUACUCGGCACUGAUCGACGCCUUUAACGAUCGCAACCUGAACGAUCCUAACGUCAUCGCGCGAUUGGAGAGUUUCGAAGCGUCUGUGGUGUGGGGUUCCAUGACUCUUUGUCGACAUGUCAUGAACGUGUCGAACGGCAGCCUUGGACAGGACUACGACCUCUUGGCCGCGUCGAAGCGACUUGAUGUAAUUGAGGCAAUGAUCACCGGGGAGCACCUCGACUCCAAUCCUCUGGCACAGUUCCCGGCCCGGGAGACACCCGCCAACCCGCCAUCGCUCACCGAUCAACUUGGUCAGCGGUCGGUCGAUUUUUGGAGUGCCAUCGGGUAUUUCUUGACGCUCCAUGACAACGAGGCUAGCUCGGCCAAAGAGAUUGACGAUACUCUGGCUCGGUGUCGCACGCUUCUGGACACCUUUGAGAAUCGCGACGUCAUAUAUUCGAUUGCCAUUGCCCGCCACCUUGGACAACGUUGGGCCGACUUUCCGCGCAGCUUCCCCCAACCUAUCACGACUAACGAGAAGGACUCCGGCGCCAAAUUGUAUGUGGCGCAAAAGUUCCUGGAACAAGAAGCAGGCGGUAAAGGAACCACGCAGGUGAUCAAGCGCAUCUGUGGCAUGGUUCUCCGUUCCUGGAUUGUUUCACGAGAAUAA